GACGUCCCUGUUUCUGUUAGGAGAUGUAUUCAUUAGGCUCCGAUCUCUGUCUCUCUGUGUAGACUGUAGCAGACAUUAACCAAUGACGGGGAUGAUUUCCAAGCUGAGCCACAGCCUGAGGAGCGCUGCCCCGGCCCUGACCAGAGCUGUCCACUCCGGGACGCGUCCUGCCUCUACCGCCGCCUCCAAACUGAAGACCGACCAACCCCUCACCGCUGAGGAGGUGUACGCCAGAGAGGAGAAAUAUGGAGCCCACAACUACCACCCGCUUCCUGUGGCGCUGGAGAAGGGAAAGGGUGAGUGACCCACAGAGAUAAAACCAGCUAGAACAGUAGCUGGCAGACUAGUGUCCUGUCUACUCUGCAUCAAGACUAGUGUCCUGUCUACUGUACAUCAAGACUAGUGUCCUGUCUACUGUACAUCAAGACUAGUGUCCUGUCUACUGGACAUCAAGACUAGUGUCCUGUCUACUGGACGUCAAGACUAGUGUCCUGUCUACUGUACGUCAAGACUAGUGUCCUGUCUACUGUACAUCAAGACUAGUGUCCUGUCUACUGUACAUCAAGACUAGUGUCCUGUCUACUGUACGUCAAGACUAGUGUCCUGUCUACUGUACGUCAAGACUAGUGUCCUGUCUACUGUACGUCAAGACUAGUGUCCUGUCUACUGUACGUCAAGACUAGUGUCCUGUCUACUGUACGUCAAGACUAGUGUCCUGUCUACUGUACGUCAAGACUAGUGUCCUGUCUACUGUACAUCAAGACUAGUGUCCUGUCUACUGUACAUCCAGACUAGUGUCCUGUCUACUGUACAUCAAGACUAGUGUCCUGUCUACUGUACGUCAAGACUAGUGUCCUGUCUACUGUACAUCAAGACUAGUGUCCUGUCUACUGUACAUCAAGACUAGUGUCCUGUCUACUGUACAUCAAGACUAGUGUCCUGUCUACUGUACGUCAAGACUAGUGUCCUGUCUACUGUACAUCAAGACUAGUGUCCUGUCUACUGUACAUCAAGACUAGUGUCCUGUCUACUGUACGUCAAGACUAGUGUCCUGUCUACUGGACGUCAAGACUAGUGUCCUGUCUACUGUACAUCAAGACUAGUGUCCUGUCUACUGUACAUCAAGACUAGUGUCCUGUCUACUGUACAUCAAGACUAGUGUCCUGUCUACUGUCCAUCAAGACUAGUGUCCUGUCUACUGGACAUCAAGACUAGUGUCCUGUCUACUGUACGUCAAGACUAGUGUCCCUGUCUACUGUACGUCAAGGACUAGUGUCCUGUCUACUGUACAUCAAGACUAGUGUCCUGUCUACUGUAACGUCAAGACUAGUGUCCUGUCUACUGUACGUCAAGACUAGUGUCCUGUCUACUGUACAUCAAGACUAGUGUCCUGUCUACUGUACGUCAAGACUAGUGUCCUGUCUACUGUACGUCAAGACUAGUGUCCUGUCUACUGUACGUCAAGACUAGUGUCCUGUCUACUGCACGUCAAGACUAGUGUCCUGUCUACUGCACGUCAAGACUAGUGUCCUGUCUACUGUACGUCAAGGACUAGUAUCCUGUCUAACUGUACGUCAAGACUAGUGUCCCUGUCUACUGUACGUCAAGACUAGUGUCCUGUCACUGUACGUCAAGACUAGUGUCCUGUCUACUGUACGUCAAGACUAGUGUCCUGUCUACUGUACGUCAAGACUAGUGUCCUGUCACUGUACGUCAAGACUAGUGUCCUGUCUACUGUACGUCAAGACUAGUGUCCCUGUCUACUGUACGUCAAGACUAGUGUCCUGUCUACUGUAGCGUCAAGACUAGUGUCCUGUCUACUGUACGUCAAGACUAGUGUCCUGUCGACUGUACGUUAAAGACUAGUGUCCUGUCUACUGUACGUCAAGACUAGUGUCCUGUCUACUGUACGUCAAGACUAGUGUCCUGUCUACUGUACGUCCAGACUAGUGUCCUGUCUACUGUACAUCAAGACUAGUGUCCUGCUACUGUACGUCAAGACUAGUGUCCUGUCUACUGUAACGUCAAGACUAGUGUCCUGUCUACUGUCCGUCAAGACUAGUGUCCUGUCUAACUGUACCGCAAGACUAGUGUCCUGUCUACGUGUACGUCAAGACUAGUGUCCUGUCUACUGUACGUCAAGACUAGUGUCCUGUCUACUGUACGUCAAGACUAGUGUCCUGUCUACUGUACGUCAAGACUAGUGUCCUGUCUACUGUACGUCAAGACUAGUGUCCUGUCUACUGUACAUCAAGACUAGUGUCCUGUCUACUGUACAUCAAGACUAGUGUCCUGUCUACUGUACGUCAAGACUAGUGUCCUGUCUACUGUGCGUCAAGACUAGUGUCCUGUCUACUGUGCGUCAAGACUAGUGUCCUGUCUACUGGACAUCAAGACUAGUGUCCUGUCUACUGGACGUCAAGACUAGUGUCCUGUCUACUGUACGUCAAGACUAGUGUCCUGUCUACUGUACGUCAAGACUAGUGUCCUGUCUACUGUACAUCAAGACUAGUGUCCUGUCUACUGUACAUCAAGACUAGUGUCCUGUCUACUGUACGUCAAGACUAGUGUCCUGUCUACUGUACAUCCUGUCUACUGUACGUCAAGACUAGUGUCCUGUCUACUGUACGUCAAGACUAGUGUCCUGUCUACUGUACAUCAAGACUAGUGUCCUGUCUACUGUACAUCCAGACUAGUGUCCUGUCUACUGUACAUCAAGACUAGUGUCCUGUCUACUGUACAUCCAGACUAGUGUCCUGUCUACUGUACAUCAAGACUAGUGUCCUGUCUACUGUACAUCCAGACUAGUGUCCUGUCUACUGUACGUCAAGACUAGUGUCCUGUCUACUGUACGUCAAGACUAGUGUCCUGUCUACUGUACGUCAAGACUAGUGUCCUGUCUACUGUACGUCAAGACUAGUGUCCUGUCUACUGUACAUCAAGACUAGUGUCCUGUCUACUGUACAUCAAGACUAGUGUCCUGUCUACUGUACAUCAAGACUAGUGUCCUGUCUACUGUACGUCAAGACUAGUGUCCUGUCUACUGUACGUCAAGACUAGUGUCCUGUCUACUGUACAUCAAGACUAGUGUCCUGUCUACUGUACGUCAAGACUAGUGUCCUGUCUACUGUACGUCAAGACUAGUGUCCUGUCUACUGUACGUCAAGACUAGUGUCCUGUCUACUGUACAUCAAGACUAGUGUCCUGUCUACUGUACAUCAAGACUAGUGUCCUGUCUACUGUACAUCAAGACUAGUGUCCUGUCUACUGUGCGUCAAGACUAGUGUCCUGUCUACUGUACGUCAAGACUAGUGUCCUGUCUACUGUACAUCAAGACUAGUGUCCUGUCUACUGUACAUCAAGACUAGUGUCCUGUCUACUGUACGUCAAGACUAGUGUCCUGUCUACUGUACGUCAAGACUAGUGUCCUGUCUACUGUACAUCAAGACUAGUGUCCUGUCUACUGUACAUCAAGACUAGUGUCCUGUCUACUGUACGUCAAGACUAGUGUCCUGUCUACUGUACGUCAAGACUAGUGUCCUGUCUACUGUACAUCAAGACUAGUGUCCUGGCUACUGUGCGUCAAGACUAGUGUCCUGUCUAAUGUACAUCAAGACUAGUGUCCUGUCUACUGUACGUCAAGACUAGUGUCCUGUCUACUGUACAUCAAGACUAGUGUCCUGUCUACUGUACAUCAAGACUAGUGUCCUGUCUACUGUACGUCAAGACUAGUGUCCUGUCUACUGGACGUCAAGACUAGUGUCCUGUCUACUGUACAUCAAGACUAGUGUCCUGUCUACUGUACAUCAAGACUAGUGUCCUGUCUACUGUACAUCAAGACUAGUGUCCUGUCUACUGUCCAUCAAGACUAGUGUCCUGUCUACUGGACAUCAAGACUAGUGUCCUGUCUACUGUACGUCAAGACUAGUGUCCUGUCUACUGUACGUCAAGACUAGUGUCCUGUCUACUGUACAUCAAGACUAGUGUCCUGUCUACUGUACGUCAAGACUAGUGUCCUGUCUACUGUACGUCAAGACUAGUGUCCUGUCUACUGUACGUCAAGACUAGUAUCCUGUCUACUGUACGUCAAGACUAGUGUCCUGUCUACGGUACGUCAAGACUAGUGUCCUGUCUACUGUACGUCAAGACUAGUGUCCUGUCUACUGUACGUCAAGAACUAGUGUCCUGUCUACUGUACGUCAAGACUAGUGUCCUGUCUACUGUAACGUCAAGAACUAGUGUCCUGUCUACUGUACGUCAAGACUAGUGUCCUGUCUACUGUACGUCAAGACUAGUGUCCUGUCUACUGUACGUCAAGAUAGUGUCCUUCUACUGUACGUCAAGACUAGUGUCCCUGUCUACUGUACGUCAAGACUAGUGUCCUGUCUACUGUACGUCAGACUAGUGUCCUGUCUACUGUACGUUAGACUAGUGUCCUGUCUACUGUACGUCAAGACUAGUGUCCUGUCUACUGUACGUCAAAGACUAGUGUCCUGUCUACUGUACGUCAAGACUAGUGUCCUGUCUACUGUACAUCAAGACUAGGUCUGUCUACUGUCAUCAAGACUAGUGUCCUGUCUACUGUCGUCAAAACUAGUGUCCUGUCUACUGUCGCGUCAGACUAGUGUCCUGUCUACUGUCCGUCAAGACUAGUGUCCUGUCUACUGUACGUCAAGACUAGUGUCCUGUCUACUGUACGUCAAGACUAGUGUCCUGUCUACUGUACGUCACAGACUAGUGUCCUGUCUACUGUACGUCAAGACUAGUGUCCUGUCUACGUGUACGUCAAGACUAGUGUCCUGUCUAACUGUACGUCAAGACUAGUGUCCUGUCUACUGUCAUCAAGACUAGUGUCCUGUCUACUGUACAUCAAGACUAGUGUCCUGUCUACUGUAGUCAAGACUAGUGUCCUGUCUACUGUGCGUCAAGACUAGUGUCCUGUCUACUGUGCGUCAAGACUAGUGUCCUGUCUACUGUACGUCAAGACUAGUGUCCUGUCUACUGGACAUCAAGACUAGUGUCCUGUCUACUGGACGUCAAGACUAGUGUCCUGUCUACUGUACGUCAAGACUAGUGUCCUGUCUACUGUAGUCAAGACUAGUGUCCUGUCUACUGUACAUCAAGACUAGUGUCCUGUCUACUGUACAUCAAGACUAGUGUCCUGUCUACUGUACGUCAAGACUAGUGUCUGUCUACUGUACUACAUCUGUCUACUGUACGUUCAGACUAGUGUCCUGUCUACUGUACGUCAAGACUAGUGUCCUGUCUACUGUACAUCAAGACUAGUGUCCUGUCUACUGUACAUCCAGACUAGUGUCCUGUCUACUGUCAUCAAGACUAGUGUCCUGUCUACUGUACAUCCAGACUAGUGUCCUGUCUACUGUACAUCAAGACUAGUGUCCUGUCUACUGUACAUCCGACUAGUGUCCUGUCUACUGUACGUCAAGACUAGUUGCCUGUCUACUGUACGUCAAGACUAGUGUCUGUUCUACUGUACGUCAAGACUAGUGUCCUGUCUACUUGUACGUCAAGACUUAGUGUCCUGUCUACUGUACAUCAAGGACUAGUGUCCCUGUCCUACUGUACAUCAAGACUAGUGUCCUGUCUACUGUACAUCAAGACUAGUGUCCUGUCUACUGUACGUCAGACUAGUUGUCCUGUCUACUGUAACGUCAAGACUAGUGUCCUGUCUACUGUACAUCAAGACUAGUGUCCUGUCUACUGUAACGUCAAGACUAGUGUCCUGUCUACUGUACGUCAAGACUAGUGUCCUGUCUACUGUAAUACGUCAAGACUAGUGUCCUGUCUACUGUAACAUCAAGACUAGUGUCCUGUCUACUGUACAUCAAGACUAGUGUCCUGUCUACUGUACAAGACUAGUGUCCUGUCUACUGUGCGUCAAGACUAGGUGUCCUGUCUACUGUACAGUCAAGACUAGUGUCCUGUCUACUGUACAUCAAGACUAGUGUCCUGUCUAUGUACAUCAAGACUAGUGUCCUGUUACUGUACGUCAAGACUAGUGCCUGUCUACUGUACGUCAAGACUAGUGUCCUGUCUACUGUACAUCAGACUAGUGUCCUGUUACUGUACAUCAAGACUAGUGUCCGUCUACUGUACGUCAAGACUAGUGUCCUGUCUACUGUACGUCAAGACUAGUGCCUGUCUACUGUACAUCAAGGACCUAGUGUCUGGCGCUGUGCGUCAAGACUAGUGUCCUGUCUACGUACGUCAAGACUAGGUCCUGUCUACUGUAAUCAAGACUAGUGUCCUGUCUACUGUACAUCAAGACUAGUGUCCUGUCUACUGUAACUCAAGACUAGUGUCCUGUCUACUGUACGUCAAGACUAGUGUCCUGUCUACUGUACAUCAAGACUGUGUCCUGUCUACUGUACGUCCAAGACUAGUGUCCUGUCUACUGUACAUCAAGACUAGUGUCCUGUCUACUGUACAUCAAGACUAGUGUCCGUCUACUGUACGUCAAGAUAGUGUCCUGUCUACUGUGACGUCAGACUAUGUUCCUGUUACUGUACAUCAAGUUGCAUCACGCUACAACAGAGAUAGGUCCUCCCCAUGGCCGUUCUGGGGACAUGGCUUGGUUCCAGUGGCUGUUCCAAACCCCCUCUGCUCUGUGUCCUUUCUCUCGCAGUAGCUGUUCCAAACCCCUUGUCUGUCCUCUGUAUCUCCAGUGGCUAAGUUUCAAACCCUCAUGCUGUGUCUCUUCUCUCAGUGCGCUGUUCCAACCCCCUUGACUGUGUCCUCUUCUCCAGUUGUCCAAACCCCUCUGUCUGUCCUCUUUCUCCAGGGCUGUUCCAAACCCCCUGCUCUGGUCCUCUGCUCCAGUGGCUGUUCCAAACCCCUUGCUCUGUGUCCUUCUUCCGUGGCUGUUCCAAACCCCCUCUGCUCUGUGUCCUCUUCUCUCCAGUGGCUGUUCCAAACCCCCUCUGCUCUGUGUCCUCUUCUCUCCAGUGGCUGUUCCAAACCCCCUCUGCUCUGUGUCCUCUUCUCUCCAGUGGCUGUUCCAAACCCCCUCUGCUCUGUGUCCUCUCCUCUCCAGGUCUGUAUGUGUGGGACGUGGAGGGAAACAGAUACUAUGACUUCCUGAGUGCCUACAGUGCAGUGAACCAGGGCCACUGCCACCCUAAGAUCAUCACUGCUCUGAACGCCCAGGCCUCCAAGCUCACCCUGACCUCCAGGGCCUUCUACCACGACGUCCUGGGGGCUCGAGUACUCACCACCCGUGGUUGGAUUACGACAAACUACCCCUCAUGAACAGUUAGGAUGUCUAUAUGUACUGCCUGAACACAGGUAGCGGUCUGAUAUGUACGCCCAUGACACAGGUUGCAGGUCUGUAUUACUGCCCAUGAACAAGGUUAGCAGGUCUGAUAUGUACUGCCCAUGAACACAGGUUAGCAGGUCUGAUAUGUACUGCCCAUGAACACAGGUUAGCAGGUCUGAUAUGUACUGCCCAUGGACACAGGUUAGGAGGUCUGAUAUGUACUGCCCAUGAACACAGGUUAGGAGGUCUGAUAGUACUGCCCAUGAACACAGGUUAGGCAGGUCUGAGAAGUACUGCCCAUGAACACAGGUUAGCAGGUCUGAUAUGUACUGCCCAUGAACACAGGUUAGGAGGUCUGAUAAGUACUGCCCAUGAACACAGGUUAGCAGGUCUGAUAAUGUACUGCCCAUGAACACAGGUUAGCAGGUCUGAUAUGUACUGCCCAUGAACACAGGUUAGAGGUCUGAUAUGUACUGCCCAUGGACACAGGUUAGCAGGUCUGAUAUGUACUGCCCUUACAGGUUAGCAGGUCUGAUAUGUACUGCCCACCUAGGCCUUAGCAGUUCUCUAGGUACUGCCCAUGAACAGGUAGCAGGCUGAUAGUUUACUGCCCAUGAGCACAGGUGCAGGCGGGCUGAUAUGUACUGCCCAUGAACACGGUUAGCAGGUCUGAUAGUAACUAGCCAUGCAACAACAGGUUGGAGGUUCUGAUAGUACUGCCAUGAACACAGGUUAGCAGGUCUGAUAUGUACUGCCCAUGGACACAGGUUUAGCGGGUCUGAUAAGUACUGCCCAUGAACACAGGUUUGGAGGUCUGAUAAGUACUGCCAAUGAACACAAUUUACCCAGGUCUGAUAUGUACUGCCCAUGAACACAGGUUAGCCGGUCUGAUAUGUGGCCAUCUGGUGUUCAGGACCAGUUGCAUGGCAUAGCAUGAUUUAUAGUACGUCCUGAGAACAACAUGUCUCCCCUUGACAAGGUGUGGAAGGGUGGAGAGACUGCUCACUAGCUGUCUGACAUGGAUGUCUUCUGUCACGGUCCGUGGCAACACAACAUAUUGAAUUCUAAGUGUAGUGACAUACUAAUGUUCUCUCCCAGGUGUGGAGGGAGGAGAGACGGCCUGUAAGCUAGCCCGUAAGUGGGCCUACACUGUGAAGGGCGUGCCCAAGAACCAGGCAAAAAUCAUCUUUGCAAGUAAGUCAAUACACAGCAACUUUUGGUUUCCCAUCAUGUCCUGAGAUGCAGGAUGUUUGGCCCUGUCUAACCUACCUGUGCGUUCCUGAAAUACACAAUACCAAUCAUUGUUUUACGGUGGUGCCAUAGGGCUUUAACCCCGCCACGGCUGCUUGCAGCUAUAUUUGUUACCAUGUUAUUGAAUGCCAUUUCCGUGUGUUCAUUUAGUUGAUUCACAUGGCGCAGAAUGCGAUUUGAACUGUGAAUUGUGUGGUGAAUAACAUUAAAAGAAGGAUGCUAAUGUAGUGUGUCUUCCCUCUCCUCUGUAGAUGGUAACUUCUGGGGCCGGACCAUGGCAGCCAUCUCCAGCUCUACGGACCCUAGCAGUUACGAGGGCUUCGGGCCCUUCAUGCCCGGCUUUGGGCUCGUCCCCUACAACGACAUCCCUGCUCUGGAGGUACGAGGCUGACGUGACAUGCAUCAUAUAUAAUACUGAACCUUAAUGUUAAUGUUACUACUAUACAGGCCAGUUUCCUGUUCCUCUAUAAUACUGAACCUUAAUGUUACUACUAUACAGGCCAGUUUCCUGUUCCUCUAUAAUACUGAACCUUAAUGUUACUACUAUACAGGCCAGUUUCCUGUUCCUCUAUAAUACUGAACCUUAAUGUUACUACUCUACAGGCCAGUUUCCUGUGCCUCUAUAAUACUGAACCUUAAUGUUAAUGUUACUACUAUACAGGCCAGUUUCCUGUUCCUCUAUAAUACUGAACCUUAAUGUUAAUGUUACUACUAUACAGGCCAGUUUCCUGUGCCCUCUAUAAUACUGAACCUUAAUAUUAAUAUUACUACUAUACGGCCAGUUUCCUGUUCCUCUAUAAUACUGAACCUUAAUGUUACUACUAUACAGGCCAGUUUCCUGUUCCUCUAUAAUACUGAACCUUAAUGUUACUACUCUACAGGCCAGUUUCCUGUUCCUCUAUAAUACUGAACCUUAAUAUUAAUGUUACUACUAUACAGGCCAGUUUCCGUUCCUCAUAAUAUAAACCCUUUAAAUGUUAAUGUUACUACUCUACAGGCCAGUUUCUGGUCCCUCUAUAAUACUGAACCUAAUUUAAUGUUACUACAUACAGGCCAGUUCCUUUUCCUCUUUUAAUACUAAACCUUAAUGUUACUACUAUACAGGCCAGUUUCCUUUUUCCUCUAAAAUAUGAACCUUAAUUAAUGUUACUACAAAACAGGCCAGUUUUCCUGUUCCUCUAUAAUACUGAACCUUAAUUUUAAUUGUUACUGACUCUUGACAGGCCAGUUUUCCUGGCUGCCUCUAUAAUACUGAACCUUAAUAUUAAUGUUACUACUAUACAGGCCUGUUUCCUGGUUCCUCUAUUUUUGAAAUUACUGAACCUUAUUGUUACUACUAUUACAGGCCAGGUUCCUGUUCCCUCUAUAAUACUGAACCCUUAAUGUAAUGUUACUACUAUACAGGCCAGUUUCCUGUUCCUCUUAUAAUACUGAACCUUAAUGGUUAACUACUAUACAGGAACAGUGGCCUUUUCCUGUGCCUCUAUAUAUUUACUGAACCUUAAUCUUAAUGUUACUACUAUAACAGGCCCGUUUCCUGUUCCUUCUAUAAUAGCUGAACCUUAAUGUUAAUGUUUACUAUCUAACAGGCCAGUUUCCUGUUUCCUCUAUAAUACUGAACCUUAAUAUUAAUGUUUACUACUAUUACAGGCCAGUUUCCUGUCCUCUAUAAUACUGAAACCUUAAUUGUUACUACUAUACAAGGCAGUUUCCUGUCGUUCUAUAAUACUGAACCUUAAUAUUAAUGUUACUACUAUACAGGCCAUUUUUCCUGUUCCCCCUAUAAUACUAAACCUUAAUAUUAAUGUUACUACUAUACAGGCCAGUUUCCUGUUCCUCUAUAAUACUGAACCUUAAUGUUACUACUAUACAGGCCAGUUUCCUGUCCCUAUAAUACUGAACCUUAAUAUUAAUGUUACUACUAUACAGGCCAGUUUCCUGUUCCUCUAUAAUACUGCCCUUUAUUUUAAUGUUACUACUAUACAGGCCAGUUUCCUGUUCCUCUAUAAUACUGAACCUUAAUAUUAAUGUUACUACUAUACAGGCCAGUUUCCUGUUUCUCUAUAAUACUGAACCUUAAUGUUAAUGUUACUACUCUACAGGCCAGUUUCCUGUUCCUCUAUAAUACUGAACCUUAAUGUUACUACUAUACAGGCCAGUUUCCUGUUCCUCUAUAAUACUGAACCUUAAUGUUACUACUAAUACAGGCCAGUUUUCCUGUUCUCUAUAAUACUGAACCUUAAUGUUACUACUAUACAGGCCAGUUUCCUGUUCCUCUAUAAUACUGAACCUUAAUAUUAAUGUUACUACUAUACAGGCCAGUUUCCUGUCCUCUAUAAUACUGAACCUUAAUAUUAAUGUUACUACUAUACAGGCCAGUUUCCUGUUCCUCUAUAAUACUGAACCUUAAUGUUAAUUACUACUAUACAGGCCAGUUUCCUGUCCUCUAUAAUACUGAACCUUAAUGUUAUGUUACUACUAUACAGGCCAGUUUCCUGUUCCUCUAUAAUACUGAACCUUAAUAUUAAUGUUACUACUAUACAGGCCAGUUUCCUGUUCCUCUAUAAUACUGAACCUUAAUAUUAAUGUUACUACUAUACAGGCCAGUUUCCUGUUCCUCUAUAAUACUGAACCUUAAUAUUACUACUAUACAGGCCAGUUUCCUGUUCCUCUAUAAUACUGAACCUUAAUGUUACUACUAUACAGGCCAGUUUCCUGUUCCUCUAUAAUACUGAACCUUAAUAUUAAUGUUGACUACUAUACAGGCCAGUUUCCUGUUCCCUAUAAUACUGAACCUUAAAUUAAGGUAAUACAUACAGGCAGUUUCCUGUUCCUCUAUAAUACUUUGAACCUUAAUAUUACUACUAUUACGGCCAGUUUCCUGUUCCUUCUAUAAUAUCUGAACAUUAAUGUUAUUAAUAUACAGGCCAGUUUCCUGUGCCUCUAUAAUUACUGAACUUAUGUUAAUGUUAUUUACUAUACAGGCCAGUUUCCUGUUCCUCUAUAAUACUGAACCUUAAUAUUAAUGUUACUACUAUACAGGCCAGUUUCCUGGAGCCAGAUAAGGCCUAGUCCUGUUCUAAAAUAUCCUUCAAUGAAGAAUCUCCAUUGAGAAGGCUUUUUUGGUCUGGGAAAUUCGGCCUUGCUUCCAUAUUGUGUCAGUAUACAGAGGCAAAUGGAGUGUCUCCAGCCCUGUAUUUCCAUUGAUGGGAUUAUCAUGGAAACACGGAUUGAUUGACUAGUCUAGUUACCUGUUAUCACUGACUGUGUGCUGAUGGUUGUUCCAGAAAGCUCUCCGGGACCCUAAUGUAGCAGCCUUCAUGGUGGAGCCAAUCCAGGGAGAGGCUGGCGUGGUGGUUCCUGAUCCUGGAUACCUCACCACCGUCAGAGAGCUCUGCACUCAGAACAACGUGAGUAGUGCAAGACGUCUCCGCAUUAAACACAAACGCACAUCGUACUGCGAGCCUUCAGAAUCAACGGUGGAUCUUCGUCAUUGGAAACAGACAUUUUCCCCCCACUUUUGGUUGAUUGCUCUAUCAGUCCAUUUUGGUGAGAUGGACAAAUAUACUGAUGUGACCUUUUCCUUGUAACUGUGCUUCCCUGUGCUUGGGUCUAGAUACCAGGUUAUUGUAAAUCACUUUGUGGCAACUGUUGAAGUAAAAUCGACUUUAUAAAUGAAAUGUGAUUUUGAUUUGAUAUCUCCUACUGCAUGGUGUUGUUCAUAGCUGAUGAGGUUCAGCCUGGGCUGGAGCUGGCUGUAGUGUGGAGAGACAGACUCAUUCAUAGACUACACUAAUGUCUCUGUGUUCCAUGUCUAGGUGCUGUUCAUAGCUGAUGAGGUUCAGACUGGACUGGCCCGUACAGGCAGACGGCUGGCUGGACUACACUAAUGUCUCUGUGUUCCAUGUCUAGGUGCUGUUCAUAGCUGAUGAGGUUCAGACUGGACUGGCCCGUACAGGCAGACGGCUGGCUGGACUACACUAAUGUCUCUGUGUUCCAUGUCUAGGUGCUGUUCAUAGCUGAUGAGGUUCAGACUGGACUGGCCCGUACAGGCAGACGGCUGGCUGGACUACACUAAUGUCUCUGUGUUCCAUGUCUAGGUGCUGUUCAUAGCUGAUGAGGUUCAGACUGGACUGGCCCGUACAGGCAGACGGCUGGCUGGACUACACUAAUGUCUCUGUGUUCCAUGUCUAGGUGCUGUUCAUAGCUGAUGAGGUUCAGACUGGACUGGCCCGUACAGGCAGACGGCUGGCUGGACUACACUAAUGUCUCUGUGUUCCAUGUCUAGGUGCUGUUCAUAGCUGAUGAGGUUCAGACUGGACUGGCCCGUACAGGCAGACGGCUGGCUGGACUACACUAAUGUCUCUGUGUUCCAUGUCUAGGUGCUGUUCAUAGCUGAUGAGGUUCAGACUGGACUGGCCCGUACAGGCAGACGUCUGGCUGUGGACCAUGAGGAAGUUCGUCCUGACAUCGUGAUCCUGGGAAAGGCUCUGUCAGGAGGAGUCUACCCUGUGAGUAACACAACACUGUGACACUACUUUCUUUGCAAUUUUGUACUGUAAUUUGAUUUACUAAAUGAAAAUGCUGUCUAAUAAUUUUAUAAGGGAUGGGUUGCAUCAAUACAUGAAUAUUAAUUGUUUAAUUCACUUCCUUCUGUGGCUAACUCACUGCUUAUUCAGCAUUUUCUGACUGUUGUGACUGGGUCAUGGUGUGACUGGGUCAUGGUGUGUCUGGGUCAUGGUGUGUCUGGGUCAUGGUGUGACUGGGUUAUGGUGUGUCUGGGUCAUGGUGUGUCUGGGUCAUGGUGUGACUGGGUUAUGGUGUGACUGGGUCAUGGUGUGUCUGGGUCAUGGUGUGACUGGGUCAUGGUGUGUCUGGGUUAUGGUGUGUCUGGGUCAUGGUGUGUCUGGGUCAUGGUGUGACUGGGUUUUGUUGUGACUGGGUCAUGUUGUGACUGGGUCAUGGUGUGUCUGGGUCAUGUUGUGACUGGGUUAUGGUGUGACUGGGUUAUGGUGUGACUGGGUCAUGGUGUGACUGGGUCAUGGUGUGACUGGGUCAUGGUCUGACUGGGUCAUGGUGUGACUGGGUCAUGGUGUGACUGGGUCAUGGUGUGACUGGGUUUUGUUGUGACUGGGUUUUGUUGUGACUGGGUCAUGUUGUGACUGGGUCAUGGUGUGACUGGGUCAUGGUGUGACUGUUGUGACUGGGUCAUGUUGUGACUGGGUCAUGGUGUGACUGGGUCAUGGUGUGUCUGGGUCAUGGUGUGACUGGGUCAUGGUUUGACUGGGUCAUGGUGUGACUGGGUCAUGGUGUGACUGGGUCAUGGUGUGACUGGGUCAUGUUGUGACUGGGUCUUGUUGUGACUGGGUUUUGUUGUGACUGGGUUUUGUUGUGACUGGGUCAUGGUGUGACUGGGUCUUGUUGUGACUGGGUCAUGGUGUGACUGGGUCAUGGUGUGACUGGGUCAUGGUGUGACUGGGUCAUGGUGUGACUGGGUCAUGGUGUGACUGGGUCAUGGUGUGUCUGGGUCAUGGUGUGUCUGGGUCAUGGUGUGACUGGGUCAUGGUGUGACUGGGUCAUGGUGUGUCUGGGUCAUGGUGUGUCUGGGUCAUGGUGUGACUGGGUCAUGGUGUGACUGGGUCAUGGUGUGACUGGGUCAUGGUGUGUCUGGGUCAUGGUGUGUCUGGGUCAUGGUGUGACUGGGUCAUGGUGUGACUGGGUCAUGGUGUGACUGGGUCAUGUUGUGACUGGGUCAUGUUGUGACUGGGUCAUGGUGUAACUGGGUCAUGGUGUGACUGGGUCCAUGGUGUGACUGGGUCCAUGGUGUGACUGGGUCCAUGGUGUGACUGGGUCAUGGUGUGACUGGGUCAUGGUGUGACUGGGUCAUGGUGUGACUGGGUCAUGGUGUGACUGUUGUGACUGGGUCAUGGUGUGACUGGGUCAUGGUGUGACUGGGUCAUGGUGUGACUGGGGUCAUGUCAGUCUCCUAUAAAUGUGAACCUUGACCCUGCCAGGUGUCUGCGGUGCUGUGUGAUGACGAGGUGAUGCUGACCAUCAAGCCUGGAGAGCACGGCUCUACGUACGGAGGAAACCCUCUGGCCUGUAGCGUUGCCAUGGCAGCUCUAGAGGUAUGUGGUAGCUAGCUUUAUUUAUUAAUGUUAGCUAGUUAGUUAUUUGGCUAUGGAGAGAUUCAAACAUUAGGAGAGAUGGAGACCCGCACACUUGAAAAUGUGGACAAAUCCAAAACGGAGGUAUAGAUUCAAACAUUGACCCGUUGAAGAAACAACAGUCCCACUUUAACUUUGGAUGGGCUGGGUGUCUUGGAUCAUCCUAGUAGCCGUCAGCCCAUGCAGUCAUGUACACUACAUGGCCAAAAGUAUGUGGACACUCCUUCAAAUUAGUGGGUUCGGCUAUUUCAGUCACACCCGUUGCUGACAGGUGUAUAAAAUCGAGCACGCAGCCCAUGUAAUUUCCAUUGACAAGUAUUGGCAGUAGAAUUGCCUUACUGAAGUGCUCAAUGACUUUCAAUGUGGCACCGUCAUAUUGGACAAGUUAGUUCUUCAAAUUUCUGCCCUGCUAGAGCUGCCCCGGUCAACUAAGUGCUGUUAUUGUGAAGUGGAAACGUCUAAGAGCAACAACGGCUCAGCCGCAAAGUGGUAGGCCACACAAGCUCACAGAACCGGAUGGCCGAGUGCUGAAGCGCUUAGCGUGUAAAAAUCGUCUGUCCUCGGUUGCAACACUCUGAGUUCCAAAUUGCCUCUGGAAGCAACGUCAGCACAAGCACUGUUCGUCGGGAGCUUCAUGAAAUGGAUUUCCAUAGCCGAGCAGCCGCACACAAGCCAAAGAUCACCAUGUACCAUGCCAAUCACGCUUCACCAUCUGGCAGUCCGACAGACGAAUCUGGGUUUGGUGAUGCCAGGAGAACACUACCUGCUCCAAUGCAUAGUGCCAACUGUAAAGUUUGGUGGAGGAUGAAUAAUGGUCUGGGACUGUUUUUCAUGGUUCGGGCUAGGCCCUUUAGUUCCAGUGAACGGAAAUCUUCUACAGCAUACAAUGACAUUCUAGACGAUUCUGUGCUUUGGGGUAACAGUUUGGGGAAGGCCCUUUCCUGUUUCAGCAUGACAAUGCCCCCAUGCACAAAGCGAGGUCCAUACAGAAAUGGUUUGUUGAGAUCGGUGUGGAAGAACAUGACUGGCCUGCACAGAGCCCUGACCUCAACCCCAUCGAACAAGUUUGGGUUGAAUUGGAACACCGACUGCGAGCCAGGCCUAAUCGCCCAACAUCAGUGCCUGACCUCACUAAUGCUUGUGGCUGAAUGGAAGCCAGUCCCUGCAGCAAUGUUCCAACAUCUAGUGGAAAGCCUUCCCAGAAGAGUGGAUGCUGUUAUAGCAGCAAAGGGGAGACCAACUCCAUAUUAAUGACCAUGAUUUUGGAAUGAUAUGUUUGACGAGCAUAUAGUGGCCAUCUGGCUAGCUGGUUUAGUAAGACAGGAUACUCCCCAGAGCAACAGACAGCUGAGAGUACUGUAUCUGGCUAGCUGGUUUAGUAAGACAGGAUACUCCCCAGAGCAACAGACAGCUGAGAGUACUGUAUCUGGCUAGCUGGUUUAGUAAGACAGGAUACUCCCCAGAGCAACAGACAGCUGAGAGUACUGUAUCUGGCUAGCUGGUUUAGUAAGACAGGAUACUCCCCAGAGCAACAGACAGCUGAGAGUACUGUAUCUGGCUAGCUGGUUUAGUAAGACAGGAUACUCCCCAGAGCAACAGACAGCUGAGAGUACUGUAUCUGGCUAGCUGGUUUAGUAAGACUGGAUACUCCCCAGAGCAACAGACAGCUGAGAGUACUGUAUCUGGCUAGCUGGUUUAGUAAGACAGGAUACUCCCCAGAGCAACAGACAGCUGAGAGUACUGUAUCUGGCUAGCUGGUUUAGUAAGACAGGAUACUCCCCAGAGCAACAGACAGCUGAGAGUACUGUAUCUGGCUAGCUGGUUUAGUAAGACAGGAUACUCCCCAGAGCAACAGACAGCUGAGAGUACUGUAUCUGGCUAGCUGGUUUAGUAAGACAGGAUACUCCCCAGAGCAACAGACAGCUGAGAGUACUGUAUCUGGCUAGCUGGUUUAGUAAGACAGGAUACUCCCCAGAGCAACAGACAGCUGAGAGUACUGUAUCUGGCUAGCUGGUUUAGUAAGACAGGAUACUCCCCAGAGCAACAGACAGCUGAGAGUACUGUAUCUGGCUAGCUGGUUUAGUAAGACUGGAUACUCCCCAGAGCAACAGACAGCUGAGAGUACUGUAUCUGGCUAGCUGGUUUAGUAAGACAGGAUACUCCCCAGAGCAACAGACAGCUGAGAGUACUGUAUCUGGCUAGCUGGUUUAGUAAGACUGGAUACUCCCCAGAGCAACAGACAGCUGAGAGUACUGUAUCUGGCUAGCUGGUUUAGUAAGACAGGAUACUCCCCAGAGCAACAGACAGCUGAGAGUACUGUAUCUGGCUAGCUGGUUUAGUAAGACAGGAUACUCCCCAGAGCAACAGACAGCUGAGAGUACUGUAUCUGGCUAGCUGGUUUAGUAAGACAGGAUACUCCCCAGAGCAACAGACAGCUGAGAGUACUGUAUCUGGCUAGCUGGUUUAGUAAGACAGGAUACUCCCCAGAGCAACAGACAGCUGAGAGUACUGUAUCUGGCUAGCUGGUUUAGUAAGACAGGAUACUCCCCAGAGCAACAGACAGCUGAGAGUACUGUAUCUGGCUAGCUGGUUUAGUAAGACAGGAUACUCCCCAGAGCAACAGACAGCUGAGAGUACUGUAUCUGGCUAGCUGGUUUAGUAAGACUGGAUACUCCCCAGAGCAACAGACAGCUGAGAGUACUGUAUCUGGCUAGCUGGUUUAGUAAGACUGGAUACUCCCCAGAGCAACAGACAGCUGAGAGUACUGUAUCUGGCUAGCUGGUUUAGUAAGACAGGAUACUCCCCAGAGCAACAGGCAGCUGAGAGUACUGUAUCUGGCUAGCUGGUUUAGUAAGACAGGAUACUCCCCAGAGCAACAGACAGCUGAGAGUACUGUAUCUGGCUAGCUGGUUUAGUAAGACAGGAUACUCCCCAGAGCAACAGACAGUUGAGAGUACUUCAAAGCAGUGGGUGGGACCAUCCUAUCUCCUCUGACCACAGAACUUGGGCUCCUAUCUCCUCCGAGUGAUCGCUAACACGCCGCGGUCAACCGCUGCUUUCACGAGGUGAUCUCUCAUUAAACCCUCAAUAUGGACUAAGAUUUACUGGUGUACACAACUAAAUGUAUAAAGGAUAUUUGCGGCUGCUCAUGGUAUUGUUUAUUGUGUUGUGUGGACACUAGUUCACUGUGUUGGGUCAUGGGUCGCUGGAUAUGUGUUAAACAAAGUCCUGACUGCAAUAGAAGCCUUAAAACGGACUGCUCCUCACAACUGUUGGUCUUUGUGGUGUUUCCUCUAACAGUAUGUUGUCCUGCCCUACAGGUUCUGGAGGAAGAGAAGCUUGCGGAGAACGCUGAGAAGAUGGGUCAGUUGCUGAGGUCAGAACUGUCAAAGCUUCCUAAAGAGAUCGUCCCCGUCGUCCGAGGCAAAGGCCUCCUCAAUGCUAUCGUCAUCAAGGAGACUAAAGGUAUGGAUGUAUCUGAUGUGAAGCCAGUUAGCUGUGGUGUAGUCUCUCUUGAAAGACUUAACGAGAGUAGAGAGAUGGCCCAGUUCUGGGUGCUGAGGUUAGUGACGGGGUACUAGUGACUGAGGCCAUUGUUCCCAUGAGUCUCUUGGUGCGUCAGCAAGCUCUGUCUUUGGCUGGCCGGUGGUGCUGUGUAGAAAAGCUCCCUGGUUUGAGCCCAGCUCGGGGGAAGACAGGGAAGGAAGCUAUACUGUUCCACAGAGCCCCAGCUGUCCUGUUAGGGGAGUAGGUCAAUACUGUCAGAAUGUACGCUAGGCCAUCAACGCACGUCACCUGACCAGGAAGAGAUUCCUGUUUGCUUAGAUGAACAAUCAACAUUGUCUUGUUGGCAUAAUGCGAUGAAACAUUUUACUGUGCGACCUGCAGUUUUAAUUUGGGAGCGACAGAAAAAAUCCUAUGUACACUACAUGACCAAAAGUCCAAUAUCUCAUUCUAAAAUCAUGUGCAUUGAUAUGGAGUUGGUCCCCCGAUCUGUCUGGUGCUCCUAAAUCUGAUGUUGUGCUCCUCACUUUUUAAACCAUGAAAAUUGUUAAUUUAGGGCCCUGCUUGUUGGCAGGGUUUUGCAAUUGUUGCUCUAUAUCUCCCGAGUGGCGCAGUGGUCUAAGGCACUAGCUGUGCCACUAGAGAUCCUGGUUCGAAUCCAGGCUCUGUCGUAGCCGGCAGCGACCGGGAGACCCAUGGGGCGGCGCACAAUUGGCCCAGCGUCGUCCAGGGUAGGGGAGGGAAUGGCCGUCAGGGAUGUAGCUCAGUUGAUAGAGCAUGGUGUUUGCAACGCCAGGGUUGUGGGUUCGUUUCUCACGGGGGGUAUAAAAAAUAAUGUAUGCACUAACUGUAAGUCGCUCUGGAUAAGAGCGUCUGCUAAAUGACUAAAAUGUAAAAUGUCUGUAGGCUGAAGCUUUGACCCCUGACGUGUGUGUGUGUGUCUAACUUUUCUCCUUCGCCCCACAGACUAUGACGCCUGGAGAGUCUGCAUGCGUCUCCGUGACAACGGACUGUUGGCCAAGCCCACCCACGGUGACAUCAUCCGUCUGGCCCCUCCCCUCAUCAUUAAAGACCAUGAGGUCAGAGAGUGUGUCGACAUCAUCCAGAGAACCAUCAUGUCCUUCUAGAACCACCUAGAAUUGAUUCUAGAACACUGGAACCAACAUCGGAACAGCCUUCUAAUCUAGCUGAUCUGAAAAAAACAACUAUCAUCUGCUGUGAACUAUCAACUAUUGAAAUGUGUUACUAACUCCUAAACAUUUAGAAAAUAAGUGUUAUUGUAUUGUAGCAGUACUCUCUUUUAAGUGCAUUUACUAUGAGAAUGUAUGUGGAGAAUACUUCUAAGAGGUUUUUAACAUUACUGCCAUUUGUAUUAAUGGCAAGCUAAGGUCGUCCAACCUAAGAAUGUUUUCUCUUUUGAAGUGCUGGGUUACACUGCUGCUCCGAAGCAACUUGGGGUGACAUUCAACCCAGGGCUGUUUUUAACUCUUCCAACUGGUUAGUUGGAAGACGGUUCAGAUACUGAUUUUAAUUUUGUUGUUAAAUCUGGCAACUACUACUGCAGCAAAGUUAAAAACGUUUUAAUGUGCUUAAACUUUUUUCACUUUCUAAAAAGGGAGCAGUGUUUUAAAAAAACAAACAAAGGAACAUACAAUUAUUUAAAUGUUAGUCAUUUAUUUGAACGUUACAGAGGUUUAUGCUUGUCGGUGACAUUAGCUUGAACCUUUUUGUUACUUAAAAGACACAGGUACAACCAAGAACGAUAUUUAAGUAUUUAAAGGGGAAUAUUUUAAUACCACUAUAACUAUAGCUGUUCUGUUACAUUAUUUAAACAAACCAUAGAAAACUUUUUAAAACUGUAGCAGCACCCUGUGGGAGCUGGUCAACUACAGCACAGUGUAGGAAAUAAGGUUCCAUUUGAAAUGCACCCAGUGUUUGUUGGAAACUUGCUAAAGAGAGAACAUUUAAAACUGACUGUAAACUGCUGCAGGCUGAAUAUAAUUUGGAUUCUAUUACUAUAUUUAAAGUUUGUUACAUAAAAUGUUCCUAACAAUAAAUAGCUGGAAUCUUA